AUGACAGCUGAUAAUGAUAGUGGAAGUGUUGGUGGCGGUGAGCCUCUGCCACCUAAGAGAAGCCGGAGAAUUAUCAAUUGUGUUGCACAGUUGCCGUUCAUGAUCCAAACACAUCAGACUGAGAACAAGGAAUCGGAUUGGACUAUAGAGGCUCUUACGGGUAAUUCUGCGCUCUAUUCGUCUGUGGAAUACCUAAGCAAUUCGAGUGACUGGGAACAGCAUGUUGUUGGGUGGACCGGUGAGAUCACUAUGGAAGGAGACGCUGAUGACCCGAUGUAUUUGACGCAGGAAGAUAAGAAGUAUGUAGCAGAGCAGCUACAGCAGAGAGAGGAUUCGACGCACGACUUGACUGUGCAUCCGGUGUGGUUAUUGCGGAAGGACCAGAACCGGUGGCGAGGGUAUGCGGAGAAGGUGUUGUGGCCAGCUUUUCAUUAUAUUUUGAAUCCUCCAUCAGACUGCCAACAGGAGAGCACAUGGUGGUACGACUAUGUGAAGUUCAACGAAGCGUAUGCAAUGAAGGUUGCCCAAAUCUACCAGCCAGGAGAUAUUAUUUGGGUUCAUGACUAUUAUUUGAUGUUGUUGCCUCAGUUGUUGAGGAUGAGGUUUAACGAUGCAGUGAUUGGAUAUUUCCAUCAUGCGCCCUGGCCCAGUAACGAGUACUUCCGUUGCCUGUCUAAGCGUAAAGAGUUGUUGGACGGUUUGCUAGGUGCUGAUCGUGUAUGUUUUCAGAAUGAAGGAUUCUGUCGCCACUUCGUCUCCGGCUGCAAGAGACUACUAGAUGCGGUAUCGAAAAAGUUGGAUAUAAAGACUGCUGGCGGCGGCGAUGUGUACGAAGUUUGCGCCUAUGGUGGUGAUGUCAUUGUUGAUUCGCUACCAAUCGGUGUUGACACCCAUAAGAUUUUAAAGGAUGCCUUCACUGAAGAUGUCGACGAAAAAGUGAAGCAGAUUCGCAGUGCAUACCAGGGAAAAAAGAUUAUUAUCGGAAGGGAUCGUUUGGACGGUAACCGCGGUGUGGUUCAGAAAUUGCAGGCAUUUGCCGCAUUUUUAUCCAUGUUCCCAGAAUGGAGGGGGAAAGUUGUAUUGAUCCAAGUUAGUGGCCCAACUUCAGCCGAAAAAGAUCAUCGUUUAGAGCUCCAGGUAAACGAACUUGUACAUUCCAUUAACUCAGAAUAUGGUGAUUUGAACUACAGUCCUGUCCAACAUUACCAUAUGAGAAUUCCUAAAGAUGUCUACUUUUCCUUGCUACGUGCAGCUGAUUUAUGUUUAAUCACUUCUGUUAGGGAUGGUAUGAAUACGACUGCAUUGGAAUUUGUAACUGUCAAAUCCGAGAAAUCCCGCGGCGCUGAAGCCAGUCCGCUCGUCUUGAGUGAAUUUUCGGGCAGUAGUCACAUUUUAAGUGAAGCUAUUAUGGUUAACCCAUGGGAUUCCGUUGCCGUAGCCAAGGCAAUAAACAACGCCCUAAAUUUAGAUGCUGAUGAAAAUCGUAAGUUAGAAGAUCUACUUUGGAAGAAUAUCCCCACUAUACAACACUGGACAGAUCUAUUUUUGGAUGAUAUGCUAAAUCUCCAAAAUAAAAAGGCUAACAGUGACACAUCAAAGAAAGUCACCCCAGCCUUGAACAGACCCCUGCUAUUGCAGAAUUAUCAAAACUCUAAACGCAGGCUAUUUUUAUUUGAUUACGAUGGCACCUUAACACCAAUUGUCCAAGAUCCAAAUGCUGCUAUACCCAGUGGCCGUUUACUAAAUAUUUUAAACAAAUUGUCAUCUGACCCUAAGAACCAGAUUUGGAUUAUAUCUGGUCGUGAUCAGAAGUUUUUGUCAAGAUGGUUGGGUGAUCAGAUGCCGCAAUUGGGUCUAAGUGCAGAGCAUGGUUGUUUUAUGAAAGACGUUAAUUCUCAGGAAUGGACGAACUUGGCAUCGAAGUUCGACAUGUCCUGGCAAAUUAGAGCUGCUGAGAUAAUGGAGGAGUUUACAAAUAAAACUCCAGGUUCAUUUAUUGAGCGGAAAAAAGUAGCAUUGACAUGGCAUUACAGACGUGCUGUUCCUGAGCUCGGUGAAUUUAAUGCUUCUGAACUAAAAAAGAUGUUAGAUGAAUUUGCGGUGGACAAUGAGUUAGAGGUGAUGGAAGGUAAAGCAAAUAUUGAAGUCCGUCCAAGGUUCGUGAACAAGGGUGAGAUUGUAAAGCGUAUUGUUUGGACCCCACAUGGCUCCAACCAAUGCUUGGAGGAUGAUUUCAGCAUAGAUGAAGACAUUCCAAAGGAUUUAUUACCUGAUUUUGUGUUAUGUUUGGGAGAUGAUUUUACUGAUGAAGAUAUGUUUAGGCAAUUGAUUGAAAUUGAAUCUAAGUGGGCUGAGAAAUUCCCUGACGACAGGAAUGGAUGGGGUCAUUACGGUGUACACCCUGUUACCGUUGGUUCAGCAUCCAAAAAGACAGUUGCAAAAACCCAUUUAACAGACCCUCACCAGGUUUUGGAUACCUUGGGAUUGUUAGUCGGAGAUGUUUCACUAUUUCAAAGUGCUGGGACAGUUGAUUUGGACGAUAGAGGCCAUGUAAAGAAUAGUGCAAGCAGCAUGAAAUCUGAAAUUGCAGGUGCUGCAUAUGCUAUGAGAAGAUCCGGUUCUUUGAAAAGCAAUAAUGACAAGAAAUAG